CGCAUUUCCAUACAAUUAACUAGUUGUCGCAUCUCUCAAACUGUUCUCAAUCAUCGUCAUGUUGUAUAGUCCAAGAAAAGAUAUAUAAAUGUUACUACCGAUCCUUACAAAGGGCUCCCCUGUAAAGACAGAAAGACACGAGUAUACACACAACAAGCAAAGAAAAGGGACUGGGAUUAGCCAAAGAACCGAAAUAAGGAAAAUCAGCCCGAAAAGGUCGGUAGUAGUAGAAAGCUGGUAUGGUGUAAUAGGUAGUGCGCUUCACAUAGAAUGACCGUAUACCUAAGAACUUCCGACUCUAGCUUGCUCCAGGGAAGUUUAUAGUUUCGCAAGUAAUUAGAACGAUUUAAAAGCAGCCAUUAACUUCAUUCAAAGCAAAGUUAGUAUUUCAACGUAGUCGAGUACGAAGUAUAUUCCGGCUCCCCUGGCUGGUACCCCAUUUACCCAUACUAGUAAUAGGUAAGUCAUUUUAUUGGCUAGCGCGGAACCUAGCCUCUCCCCACUCAAGGUUUAGCGCCAAGAUGUCUAUCUAUCGGAAGUGGUGCAUGCGGGCCAAUGUCCAUAUCAAACUUCCUUCAGAAUGUCUCAACGCUCCAGCAUCAGGAAUUAUUUCAAACGGCCAGAUUUUUCAGCUAGCAGAGACUCCCGGUACGAGGAUCCAAGCGAACCUCCUGCCGCGAGUUCUCAGUCUUCUCCCCUCAGUGAACCACCGUCGUCUUUUGUAUCAAAUGGUGGAUCUCCACAAACUCCAGACGGUCCAGCAUUGCAGUUGAAACGGUCAUUGUUGCUCUCUGUCACAGAUUCCACAGAAAAUUCACAGCACCAACCAAGUUCUCAAAAUACUGAACCCACAGCUCCUGACCCAGCAUUACCACCGAGCUUCAACUUAGCCCAGCGCGUUGUAAGGAACGGAAGAGAAGUUGUGAUUAGCUCCGAUGGUGAAGAUACGGACGCAAGCGAGGUCUUUGAAGAUCCAACCUCUCUUUUUCUGAAAUUCGCGAAACCAGAUGGUGCCUCUACAAGUGAGGAUACAAACAAUGAUUCUUCUAGCUACGGGAGGACUUUGCGUUCCCUGCCGUCAAGAGAUGAAGUGAAACCCAGACGGUUUUCUCUGAGUCGCGUUUCCGCUCCGAAGUACAAGCACUCCAUUGAUAGUCUUGUUACUCAAGCCGUCGAUGAUAAUGAGACUGAGGCAAACAUUGCAAAGCUUAGGGCUGCUUUAGAAGAGGAGAAUGCCCGAAAGGCCGCGUCAAAGUCUGACGCAGCUCCAGGCUUACAACAGUUGCACGAAGGUAUUCUGACAUCGGCGCUCGACGACCAGAAUGACGAAAUGGGGCUGCGACGUCUACUUGAUGCUGUCCGGAGAACGGAAGCAUUUGACAUGGAGAAAUCAUGGGUUUUCUUCGACCACGCCAGUGAAUUAGCUCCUCCUCCGGCGUUUCCACGGAACUGUAUAGCAGCAAAAUCGAGUCUAUCUGUGUUAAGAGAUACUGAAUCGAGAGAGCGAGCAUUUCAUUCAGGCUCUGUUGAUUUCGCAUUGUCAAGAGGGCUCCUGCCUGACGAGUUAGUGAUGUGGAUGCUUAAUUCUAUACCGUCGGAGCCUCGAGAUACACUAAGGAACGCUUAUUGCCGGGCAUUCAAGAAUACUACUGCAGAACGUAUACAGUCACUUGUGCGACCGGAAAGCAUUGACGCCAUGUUCCAAAUGAUGGGUGCAAACCAGAAGGCAUUGACGUUCUCUGAAGUUAUAGUUCCAGAUGCAGUUCCAAAAAAUAGUUCGCUGCGAGCAGCACCACGACACCACGCUGCUCUGCUGUCCAUCUUAAACCUGCUGCGUGGAGCAGCAGAUCUGUUCUCCGACGAGACUAGAGAGCACAUCCUUAGUAUUCUUUUCCGCCUUUCGCUCGACAUCUCAUUAACUCGCGACCCCAUGGUUUGCUCGGAAUUGGAACGGACUAUAACUGCGGUGUUGGAGAGUAUCUCCGAAGAAACGGCGGAUAAGUUGGUAUAUCGUGUGUGCACAUCUGCCUAUGAAACCAUCAAAGAUCCUGUAUUCCAAAGCCGUCUUUUGACGCACAUCUUGCCAACAUCAAGCUGGAUUGCGAUGCUACGAUGUCGUCUCGCCGUCGCGUUCUUGACCAAGGAUCCUUCCCCACUAACCGAGGAGCCGGACGUGAUGGUAUAUGUAAAAAGAAUAAUCGAUGUCCUGAAAGACAAACGAUUUGACGUGAAGAGAUAUAAGUCAAAAGGCCAACCCGAGUACGACUAUGGAGAACUUAUGGCCACUACGAAUGUGCUAAACAUUGCUAUCGAUUCCGGCUGGUCCGGCGUGGACUUUUCAAGCAAGGACGCAGAGCGGGAAUUCAACUCCGAGGUUGAUGUACUCGCGGACCGGAUCAAGAGAAUAUUCACCUCCAUCGAGGAUUCGGGCGCAUCCCAUCUCAAGCGGACCCUAGCGAAGGAAGCCCUUGAAGCCUUGCACUACCGCAUCAUAUACUCUGUCAGGACCAAGCCACGCCCGAAGAAAUCGAUAUUCGGAGAGAAUGGAGUUGAUCGCCAAAACAAAAAAGUUUUCGACCCGUGGAAGGUCAAGAUUAAACAAGACCCGGAAACUCCCACCCAACAACCAGGGGCUUGACCAUGACGGCUAGUCAAGGACUAGCCUUGUGGGGCUACAUCUACUUUUCUCUGCGCAAGGAAAUAUAUCAAGGCUAUACACCGACCUUUAUCACAACGAAUGUCAAAGGACUUCUAGUGCAAGGGCUUGAUAAAUGCUGGAGCCACUAUUAAUUACAAUGGCCAGCCGGCAGCAUGACCAGAUAGCUUAAAAUCAUCUAAUAACAAAAGGGUACCAUGACUGAUGUGAUCUUGAUAGCAACAGCCAGUGACUCUACUGUAACCCUGCCUUUUCCCAUUUGAUCACAUUGAAGGAUAACUUAAGCGUAGAUAAACUUUACUGGAGGAUA